UUCGAAUUUUGCCAUAACCAUAGAUAACAAAGCCAUAACGAACAUGUCAAAAUUACUUUCUGUGGAGUUUGAAAUAUUUGGAAUUGUGCAAGGUGUAUUUUUUCGAAAGAAUGCAGAGAAACAAGCAAAUAGCUUGGCUUUAAAAGGUUGGGUUAAAAAUUCUUCAUCUGGGACUGUUGAAGGAGUUUUAGAAGGGCCUUCAGAGGCAGUAAAUGAAAUGAAAUAUUGGUUACAACAUAAAGGCAGCCCAGAAAGCAGAAUUGACCAGGCAGUUUUCCUUAAUGAGAAAGAAAUAGAAAAUUACACUUUUGAUAAUUUCUUUAUAAAAAGAUCGUAGACACAAUUAAUAAUAUAUUUAUUGAGUAUGCUUAAUUUAUUUAAGUGCUUUGAAAUAAAUAAAUGUAAGAUUUCAUGAA